GUGGUCCACUGCUCCCACCACAUUCUCUCUCAAGCAAGGGAGAGAAUUAAAAUAGUCUCUCUCUAUCUCUACUACCGUCGCCUAAAUUAAAAAUGACAUCUCAAGAAAUGGGAAAAGGUGAUAUUGAAUAUUGACUGAUUGGAGCAGAGGGCUGGGGAGGAGCGAGAAACCCAUAUAUAGACAGAGAGAGAAGCGCAAUAUACUCCAACUUUCAACUCUACAACACUCCCAGUCACUGCUAGCUUAGCUCUGCAUAUAUAUAUAUGUAUUUGCUUUUGCAGAAGAUAUAUAUACGUGUAUAUGUUAAAUAGUAGUAGUAUCUCAGUUUUCACCAUUUUCCGCUGUUACCGAAGCAUUGUGCUGUUUGUUUUAAGUAUACAAAAAUACGUAUAUAUAUGGUGGUGGUAGGCGCACGCGCAUGCAUCGGUGGAGUUGAUUUAUUGUGGGAACCCGCGCUUCGGAGAGAAGACCCUUUUUGCGCUGGUUUGAGGCAGGAAAUGGGCUUCGUUUUGAGCCGAAAAGGUUGAAUUUUGCUGAGAAAAUAUUGGGUUUUGGGAGCGCUUCGGUGUGCUUCUUUCUUGAGAGUUUUGCUGAGAUCUGAAGAGGGUUGGGUUGGGGAGUUUCUUUGCUUUUGAAAUUGCGAGCGGGAUUUUGUUGGAUAUAAAGAGUUUUUGUUUGCUUUCUCUUUUGUGUAAGUUGGAGUUCUUGGCGUAAAUUCUGUGCUUGAGCUCAAGAUAGUGUUUGGUUGGUGGGUGAUGUGGGCUGUUUUGUUUCUCAAUUGCAUUUCCUGUGCUUGAAGGAAUUGUAUGAGAAAAAAAUCAAGAACUGAUGGUGCUGAGUUUUUUCUUCAUUUGUAGUGGAAUAGGUUUUGGGUGAAAGUUUUUGAAGGGAGAUGAGAUUUGGCGUCACUAUCUUCAUGAGCUAAGGCUUUUUUCUUGUUUUGUUUUUCAUAAUUUUUUGGGAGUUUCAUAUACUGUUAGUGGUAAAUUGGAGGAGGAAGGGGGUGGGAAUUUGGAGUCUGUUUCAUGUAUUGGAAUUUUGGAGGGUGAUUCAGAGGAUAAAGUGCACAGGUGUUAUGCUAUUUUGGGGUGGAAAGGAGUUACUGCUGUUUUUUGUGCUGCUCAAUCUUUAUUGUUUGAAUCUUCAUCAUGAAACUCUCUGCUUGCUUAAAUCACCAGUCUCCUGAAGGAGGAGAGAAGAGCUGCCUAAAUUCUGAACUUUGGCAUGCCUGUGCUGGCCCUCUUGUUUCUCUACCGUCUCUCGGAAGCCAUGUGGUGUAUUUUCCUCAGGGCCACAGCGAGCAGGUUGCUGUAUCCACGAACAAGGAAGUUGAUGCUCAGAUGCCUAAUUACCAGAGCUUACCUGCACAGCUCAUUUGCCAGCUUCAUAACGUGACCAUGCAUGCCGACAUAGAGACGGAUGAGGUGUAUGCUCAAAUGACUUUGCAACCACUAAGUGCACAAGAGCAGAAAGAGGUUUCCUUCCUUCCAGCAGACUUGGGUGCAGCCAGCAAACAGCCAACGAAUUACUUCUGCAAAACUUUGACUGCUAGUGACACAAGUACUCACGGUGGGUUCUCCGUUCCACGUCGGGCAGCUGAAAAAGUGUUCCCGCCCUUGGAUUUUUCACAGCAACCUCCAGCACAAGAGUUGAUUGCCAGGGAUCUUCAUAACAAUGAGUGGAAAUUCAGACAUAUAUUUCGGGGUCAGCCAAAGAGGCACCUGCUUACAACUGGUUGGAGUGUUUUUGUGAGUGCUAAAAGACUCGUUGCCGGUGAUUCGGUUCUUUUCAUAUGGAAUGAGAAGAAUCAGUUGCUUCUUGGCAUUCGACGUGCCAACCGCCCACAAACUGUCAUGCCUUCGUCAGUUUUAUCUAGUGAUAGCAUGCAUCUCGGUCUGCUCGCUGCAGCUGCUCAUGCAGCUGCAACAAAUAGCCGUUUCACGAUAUUCUAUAAUCCCAGGGCAAGUCCCUCUGAAUUUGUUAUACCUCUGGCUAAAUACAUAAAAGCAGUGUACCAUACCCGAGUGUCUGUGGGGAUGCGCUUCCGGAUGCUGUUUGAAACGGAAGAAUCUAGCGUUCGUCGCUACAUGGGCACAAUAACUGGCAUAAGCGACUCGGAUCCUGUCAGGUGGCCGAAUUCACACUGGCGUUCGGUUAAGGUUGGCUGGGACGAGUCUACGGCUGGGGAAAGGCAGCCGAGAGUUUCACUUUGGGAAAUCGAACCUUUAACCACAUUUCCUAUGUAUCCAUCGCCGUUUCCUCUAAGACUGAAGCGGCCAUGGCCAUCGGGUCUCCCCUCCUACUCAGGGAUGAAGAAUGAUGACAUGGGGUUAAAUCCCUCCCUCAUGUGGCUUCGCGGAGACGGAGGAAUGCAAUCCCUGAACCAAGGCAUGGGGGUUGCGCCGUGGAUGCAGCCGAGGUUCGAUGCGUCGAUGCUCGGCAUGCAAAACGAUAUUUAUCAAGCUAUGGCAGCAGCUGCUGCUAUGCAGGAUAUGAGGGUUGUGGACCCUUCCAAACAGAUGCUUUCUUCGAUUAUGCAAUUCCAGCAACCCCAAUCCGUCGGCAGCCGAUCUGCAGGUUAUAUGCAGCAGUCUCAGUUGUUGCAGCAAUCUCAGUGCUCUGCUCCCUUUGUUCAGAGUCUUCAAGGAAGCCCGUCUCAACCGGCGUCGCAGUCGCACGCAAACCUCCUUCAGCAGCAAUUGCUCCAACAGAACUCAUUCAACGAUGCACAGAUCCACCACCAGCAGCAGCAGCAGCAGCAGCCUAAUCAGACGCAGCAUGUUAUUGAUCCUCAGCUAUCGCAGUUGUCAUCAAACUCUCAAGUGCAGUCUCAAACGAUGCACUCGAUGUCUUCCAUGCAUCAGAGCUUUUCGGAAUCGAGUGUUAAACCUGUUGGCAACAUGAGUUCUCCUCUACACAGCUUGUUGAGUUCAGUCACCCAGGAUGAGGCCUCCAACCUCCUUAAUGUGUCCAGGUCUAGCAACAUGCUAUCUUCAAGUGGUUGGCCAACAAAACGGGUUGCUCUCGAUCCCCUUUCUAGUGGCCUCUCGCAGACUAUUUCACCGCAGGCUGAUCAGUUAGGACUGUCAAACACAAAUGCAAGCAGCAAUCCUGUCUCGUUGCCUCCGUUUCCCGGUAGAGAGUGCUUGAUGGAGCAAGAAGCGAAUAACGAUCCCCACAACCACUUCCUCUUUGGAGUUAACAUAGAUUCCUCCUUCAUGUCGAACGGGAUGUCAAACCUUAAAGCAGUUGUUAGCGACAGUGAUAAUGCGAGCAUGACCUUCGCCUCUUCCAGCUACAUGACUAGCUCCGGUGCUGAUUACUCGCUCAACCCUACCGUGACUUCAAGCAGUUGCAUUGACGAGUCUGGUUUUCUGAUGUCUACCGACAAUGGGGGGCAUAACAAUCCGGCCGAUAGAGCCUUUGUUAAGGUUCACAAAUCUGGAUCGUUUGGAAGGUCGCUUGACAUCACUAAAUUCAGCAGCUACCCGGAGCUGCGCAGUGAGCUCGCUCAGAUGUUUGGCCUCGAAGGCGAAUUGGAAGAUCCGUUGAGAUCAGGCUGGCAGCUUGUAUUUGUGGACCGCGAAAACGACGUUCUUCUUCUUGGCGACGACCCCUGGCAGGAGUUCGUAAACAGCGUGUGGUGUAUCAAGAUCCUGUCACCUCAGGAGGUUCAGGAGAUGGGAAAACGAGGAGUCGAGCUUCUGAACUCCGUUCCCCUCCAGAGGAUGCCUGUCCAAAACGGCAGUUGUGAUGGUUAUGGAAGCCGGCAGGAGGCGAGGAACAUGAGCACCGGUAUACCGUCUGUUGGAAGUCUUGAUUUCUGAACCAGUUCUGUUUAGCUGCAAUCUCUGUUUGUAAUAUUAGCAUUGUCUGAAUCUGUUAGGCAAGAGAAGUUCUGCUUUCUAACUUGAAAAAACUUUUUAUAUAGAGAGCUAUACUACUGUAAGUAUAUGAUAGACUUCAUGUCCUCUUCUCCUAUUCUGAGCUAGCACUAGUUAAUAUUGAAAUAGCUCUAGUUUAUUGUGUAUCUAUUUAAAAAAACUCAAACUUUAGCCUAUUUUGUUCA